CCCCUCGCGUCCUCCAUCCCCCCGGUUCACCUGGGGACUCACUCACUCGAACUUCCCCCCCCCAUCCUUCCCCACCGGCCUCCUCCUCACUCUGAGGUACUAAAAGCGCCAGGCUCGCGGAGUGUUUGCGGGAAACCCGGUCAAGGCGUCGCGGGGCAGAGAGAUGUCAGGUGUUGUGAGUGGCGACCCGGAGGGGCUGGCCAGCUGGACUGUCAUCGACCCCAAAGAGGCUGCUGCCGUUCAGACUCCACAAGAUGACGAUGUUGUUACCAAUGAAAGCCAGCCCGUGGCAGUGACAGAGCAUCUGCACGCUGCUACGACACCACCCAUGCAAGAAUUUGAAAGGCCAAAAGAGAAUGAAGGUGACGUACAACUACGGAUUCUGCUCGCAACACUGAGCCAGGCGGAGUCUUUUGUCACAGAGGAACACGAACAGCUAACACCAUCAUACGCCAAAGAGACACCAACACAUGGUUCUUUGGAAAACGAGAAGGAGCAGACUCAGGAGGGAGAGCUUGACCAGGAGAGGGGUAGUGGUGGCGGUGGUGGCGGCGGCAGUGGCGUUGGUGGCAACAGCGGAGAUGAGGACUCGGAUAUCGUGACGCUGGACCCAGAUGUCGUCGAGGAAAUUGGGCCCGAGUUGCUCGUCCACUCGAGGAGUGCGGAGGCUGCCCCCAGCCACGAGUUUAUGCGCAUUACUCCCUUGCCAGAUGCCGCGAAUCUGUGUCAACAAUCGAGCAGUGACGAGAGCAAUUCACCCGAGGCUCCCGCCGCGCUGCGUCAUCGCCGGCCCUCCAAGAGGAAGAGCCCCAGGGGAGAGCGCCGCGUGUCUGCUCACCCCGCGGCACAGACGUCCAUCUCGCUGCACGGCUGCAUCAUCUGCGUCGCAUGCAUCGUUAUAGCCUUGGCCGCCUUAAAGAAGUUCAUGGCAGGAGACCCUCAAGGGGGAAUUACAACGCCAGACCUGAAAGAGGCUGCAGGUGACCUCAACCCUCUGGACGUGGCAGCACCUGCUCUGCCAGAUUCUAUGAUUCAAGACAUCAUCUCUUCACUUGCGGAGGAAAAAGGUGAUGAGGGGACAUUAUCGAAUAGAGGUCAAACAAGGCAGAUGGACAAUGUGGCUGUGGCUGCAUCAGAUUGGAUGGAAGAGCAGAAACCAGUCGACCUGAAAGGACUUCUCACCGAGCUGCAGCGGCUAAGCAACAAGGUGGACAACUUGAAGAUGACAGUGGUGGAAGCUCCGGUAAUGACGGGGGAAGGUGAGGGCGGAAUUGUGGAAUCUGACGUGGAACUGAAGCAGAGCAUUCAGGCCGAGCUAGCGGCCCUGGCAAAUCGGCUUAGUCGCCUCUUUGGAGAGCGAGGAAGCAAGCAAGAUGAGACGGCACAGCAAUCCAAGCUUUUUCACUCCGAGGAGAGUUUUCAGGACGAGUUGAAGGAUUCUCAAUACAAAACCACAAUCGUAACUCAUCUUGACGACGUCAAAGAGUUUAAACAGGAAAGUAAUGAAUUGGAAACUGAAAGUACAAAUAAUCUACCAUCUGAAUCUACUGGCUCUUGGACUAUUGUGGUACCCUCCGUGAAAGAAGACAAGACUGUUGGCAAGGAAGGCCCGCGCAGAGAAGUGCCCCGGGAAAAACGACAAGAGCCAGAGGUGGGACCUAAAGGUCCGAAAAAACAUAUCCCAAAAAAACCAAAACAUAAAAGUGGGCAGAGGUGGGGGACCUUCGAGAAAAUGAAGACAUCUGCCAAAGCCUUCUUCCAGAAGCAAAAGGAGAACUUUAAACACGCAAAACAAGAAAUCGGUGACAAAUUUCAGAAAAUCAGUGACUCUUUCAAGUCCACUUUCAAGAGGUGGAAGGAAAAAAGCAAGAACUUUUUUGAAUCAAAAAGAGGCCAGGAAAAAAAUGCGAAAUCUCACAAAUACACCGCCACAAUGAAUGAGCCGUCUAAUGUGAAACAGCACAGUGACAAAAAUAAACAUGAAAACGAGAGGGAUGCUAAAAACGACGCAAACCAAAGACCAACGGUCGUACGCCACGACGGCAGUCCCGGGAGCGAGAGGGCCCAGAAGACGAGCAACAACAGAAAAACCUCAGGAGCAGACGCAGCAGGAAAGCCGCAGGACAUCGUCAGUGCCCCCGAGAUGCUCCAAAUACUGCGCCACUACUUGGAACAGAUCGGGAACUUCCGCCACUGGAACGACCUGGAGAUCUUCUUGAACCAGUUUUACAGAGACGGCAAAUUACUCCGGAACCAGAUGAACUUUGAGGAGCUGGUGGAGGCUGUGCAGAACUACUUGGAAGUGCUGGGAUAUGGAAAUAAGAUGAGGGCAUUUGGGAGUAAUCUCCGCGACUACAUUAAGCGGCAUGGGCCCAUAGGUCACAAGGGUCCACCACACGCUGCAUCCAGCCAGUAGUGGAAGCUCCUCUCUUGGGGCCAUGAUUUUAGCGGUGCCACGUCAUGGUGGACAAGUGGCACGUGGGUUUUUUUGUUGUAGCAGAAGUGGCACUUUCUCAAGGAAAAGGUUUUGGUGAUCAAAGGCACGUUAGGCAGAUUUAAAUGUUUUUACAUUUGACUGUUUUCUCACUGUCAUAGCUGUGUUGUAUAGAGCAUCGUCUGUUUUUUUCCCCAUUUUAAGAAUUAAAUACGAGGGGGGGGGGUACUGUACACAGUUAAGUCACUUAAAACAAAAUCAUGCAUUGUUUAAGCUUUUGAAAAUAGGGGUUCCAGUUAGGUUGCAGGCUCAACCUUUGCCAAUUAAAAAAAUAACUUAUAGAAAAUGUUACAUACUUUAACUGGGGACAUGAAAUUUUUGGUAAAAUUAAUAUUUCCUUAAAAUUUGCGCACAUGGCGUGUGGCAUGCAAUGUUGAAGUCGCCGCUAACGCAGGUAAUUUGUAUUUGCACCUGAUGUGGUGGCUGCCUUGCGUGUUACGUGAUGAUAUUCGCAGGCCGUUUCUCGCAUACACAUCUCUGGGCGAAUGGCUCUAAGUUAUUUUCUGCAGGGAAAAAUGCACCUUGUAAUAGUGGUGGUUGGGUUUUUUUGUUGUUGUUAUGCACUCAAGUGGUAAAUACUUUUUUUUAAUAGAUGAAUGUGUUAAGUAUUGGUCAGAGGUGUGGCAAUUGAAAAAUGUAGGUUCACCAAACAUGCCGAGUGAUAUUAUUUGUUUGGAAGAUGCACCACCACUUACUCUUACAAGCUAUGCACAUCCUUUAAAACCCCCUUUGGUGAAUGGAAAUAUUAAAGUCUAUUUGCAAUAAAAAUAGUUGUGGAAAUUAUGGGCUUGAUAUCCCUUUGUAGAAUAUAUUGACAUUAAAGUAGGCAGCACUUGGGCUCAACUUAGGAUGGAUUGAUGCAUUGGUCCAAUAAAAAUGGGAACUUGAGCUCACGAUGCAUACAUCAAAAGCAUGCACGUGUUUUUAUUAUUCACGAGUUAUUUUCGUACAAAUUGUUCACGCAAAUUUUAUCUAGAUUGCGUGAUUGGUGUCAUGUCAUGAUAAGUAUCCAUUUGUAACAAUCACACAGCAGUGCAACCCUUUAUUCGUGUUAGAGAUUAAUCCACGGAAGCAGAUACCAUUGACCUGGUCCACAGUGCAGGGCAGCACCUUCUCACUCCCAGCUGCUGAG